AUGCCUCAAGCUCCCAUCUCACCAGGGCUCGAUGCUGAGAGCUUAAUGAGUGUCAAGGUCAAGCUCGAUGACUGCACCAGAAACCAUCAGUGCGAGGGUGCACGGAAUGCAGAACUGCCCAUGCGCCUUCUAGAUCUCAAAGGCUGGUCCACAAGCCCAGAAAGGAUCAGGCUUGUCGUAACAAAUGACCUUUUGGCACCACCUGGCCAGAUAAUCGACUAUGCUGUCCUAUCGUAUUGCUGGGGAACGACGCCUGCCUUCACUACCACACCCGCCACUCUCGGCAGUCGGCUAAAGGGGUUCAACCUCGCUGAAAUGCCUCGGACCUUGAUAGACACGGUCGAGGUCGCUCGCAACAUGGGAUAUCGCUACCUCUGGAUUGACGCCUUAUGCAUUCUCCAGGGGAGCCGGGACGACACCGCAGCGGCGGCGGACUGGCGGAAUGAGGCGGCACGCAUGCACUGGAUCUACGGGAAUGCAUCUCUGUGCAUCGUCGCCGCUGGGGCUUCGAGUUCGGACCAGGGACUGAUGCACAAGGACCCCAGGGUCAUUACCGAUGACGAAAUAGCGGAAUGGAUUGACAAGGGACAGAUUCCCAUUGGCUGUGAGCCCAUUUCCAGCCGCGCGUGGUGUUUCCAGGAAUGGUUCCUAUCCAACCGUCUACUCGUGUUCGCCAGCACAGGGAUAUAUUACACGUGCGACCGAUACAAACUCGACACUUCGGAUCCAGACUACGGAUUUCGAUUCCCUCGGUCCCGUCAGGAAGCCGCAUUGUUGAAAGUCGGCGCGGACCGGAGAUACGACAGUUGGCAGACCAUGGCGAUGAACUUCUGUGGCCGCAGCAUGACCGAGCCAAGUGACAAACUUCCUGCCCUAUCCGGCAUGGCGCAGAGGUAUGCCGGCCUCAUGGGAUGGCCGCCUGGUGAUUAUCUUGCCGGGCUGUGGAGACAGACUCUCAUCAGCGAUCUCCUCUGGAUUCGUGAGGAAGGCCUCUCUUCCAUCUCGGCGACGCCCGACCCCGCCAAGACAGGUCGCCAAUAUGGACGGGCGCCAUCUUGGUCGUGGGCGUCGAUGAAUGGAAGGAUCCUGUACCUCUCGCUGCAAAACGGGCGGGUGCCGGACACCGUUCGCGUUCAAAGCUGUGAAACUGUGAAGCCAGGUCUAGAGGAAGAUCCCUUUGGUAAGGUUGUGUCUGGCCACAUAGACAUUGUGUGCCCGUACAUGACGGGAUGGGCCAGGCCGUUGGUCUCGGAGUCUGGUGAAUUGUACUUCCAGCUUUUCGACGCAGAAGAUGGGUUCAUCAGCUUGCUUACGGUGGAUGAUCCAGCCGAGAUGGAUGCGCUCCAGACAAAUGCAUAA